AUGGUGUCCCGCAUCGCCUUCUGGAGCCUGUUCGGUGUCGGCGUGCGCUUCUGGCAGAUGGGUAUCGAGAUGCGCCCCUUCUUCCAGCGCUCUAACCUCUGGGUGUACCCCAUCUACGCGGCCGGCGGCGCGAGCUUCGGAUACUGGCUGCAGGGUGUCGACGACAAGCAGACUGCUCUGCUGACGGAGAGGAAGAACAGACUUUUGGAGAAGAGGGCGAAACGGGCGCAAGAAGCACAGCCUGCUGAUGCUGAGGCAUGA